AUGUCGGCAUUGGGAGCUGCUACUGCGCGUGCAGUUACCCGACGAGCGGCCUCCUCGUCCUUGGGUUGUCGAGCCCUCCGAGUCGCCAGACCUUCAUACACCCCUCUUGCCGUCCAGACGACCUCUGCCCGACGACCAUAUUCCUCUCCUUCGCAAGGCUCUGCUUCCACACGGUCUACGGUCGUGCAGCUAUUGAGCAACAUCGGUUCCAAAAGAGAGGUACAGCAAUAUCUGUCACACUUCAGCUCCGUCUCCUCCCAGCAAUUCGCAGUGAUCAAGGUUGGCGGUGCUAUUUUGACCGAGCAUCUCCAAACCUUAUCUUCUGCUCUAGCGUUCUUGAAUCAUGUCGGUCUAUAUCCCGUCGUUGUUCACGGUGCGGGGCCACAGCUGAACAAAAUCCUGGAAGACUCAGGAGUUGAGCCGCAAUUUGAAGAGGGCAUCCGAGUCACGGACCCCAAGACGCUGGGUAUCGCACGAGCACUAUUUCUGGAAGAGAAUCUGCGCUUGGUCGAAGAGCUCGAGCGUUUAGGAGUGCGAGCAAGACCAAUCACUUCUGGUGUUUUCACAGCAGACUACCUUGACAAGGAAAAAUACAACCUUGUGGGAAAGAUCACUAAUGUCGACAAGAAGCCCAUAGAGGCAGCCAUACAGGCGGGAUGCCUCCCAAUAUUGACAUCCAUGGCCGAGUCGCCAGAGGGCCAGGUGCUCAACGUCAAUGCCGACGUGGCGGCGGGCGAGCUGGCUCGAGCACUCCAACCUUUGAAGAUUGUCUAUCUUUCCGAGAAGGGUGGUCUGUUCAAUGGUGACACGAAGCAGAAGAUAUCUGCCAUCAACUUGGACGAGGAGUAUGACCACCUCAUGCAGCAAUGGUGGGUUCGACACGGCACCAGACUGAAGAUCAAGGAGAUGAAGGACCUCCUCAUGGAUCUCCCGCGGAGCUCCAGCGUCGCUAUCAUUCAUCCGGCUGAUUUGCAGAAAGAGUUGUUCACGGACUCCGGUGCUGGCACCCUGAUCCGGCGCGGAAACAAGGUUCAUGUCAGCACGUCCAUUGACCAAUUCAAGGACCUUGAGCAGCUUAAGGAAGUCCUCAUCCGUGACCGUGCCGGGCUCGACGCCAGAGCCGUUGUGGAUCGAUACAUCAGCCAUCUUCGAGACCGCGAAUUUAAGGCGUACUUCGACGAGCCCAUGAAGGCCUUUGCUCUUGUUUUGCCGCCCAGCCGGGAGACGACCUUGGCUCAACUUGCAACGCUGACCAUCACCAGAGACGGCUGGCUGACUAACGUCGCCGAUAAUAUCUUUUCCGCUGUCAAGAAAGAUUUCCCAAAGUUGAUGUGGACUGUUAAGGAGGAUGACGAGAACUUGACAUGGUUCUUCGACAAGGCCGAUGGCAGUUUGUCCAAGGACGGUGAGGUGCUGUUCUGGUACGGCCUUGAGACAAGCGAUGAGGUUAAGGACUUGAUGGUUGAGUUCACCAAGCACGGACGACAGAUGUUCGGUGAUAUCAACCUCGAGUCGAGAUUGCUACGUGCCGCGAGGGCCGCCUCCGAAGUCGCGGACUCUGCCCGAAAAGGUGCUUCAAAUGUUGCACGUGCCGCUACCAAGGGAGUGGCUCAGACACGAUCAUACUCAACUUCAGCCAACCCUCUACGAGCCGCACGACAAGCAAGGUAUGUCACCAAGCCAGCCCUCGCCGUCCGCACGUAUGCCACUACGACGAAUCCCAACCCACCGCUUGGUUCGAAGAACAGCUCGAACAGUAAGCCGUCGAGGGUAGCUUUGAUCGGAGCUCGGGGCUACACUGGUAAAGCGCUGGUCGACCUGCUCAACCGCCAUCCCAACAUGGAUCUUCGACACGUCUCCUCACGAGAGCUUGCAGGCAAGAAGCUUGAAGGCUAUAACAAGCGCGAAAUCAUCUACGAGAAUUUGAGCGUCGAAGACGUUCGACAGAUGGAGGAAAAUGGAGCUGUCGACUGCUGGGUCAUGGCUCUCCCCAACGGCGUGUGCAAGCCAUUUGUAGAUGCCAUUGACCAAGUGGGCAAGAACAGCGUCGUUAUCGACCUGAGCGCCGACUACAGAUUCGACCCCAACUGGACAUAUGGUCUCCCGGAGCUGGUUGACCGCUCAGCAAUUGCCAAAGCCACCAGGAUCUCCAAUCCUGGAUGCUACGCAACUGCCGCUCAGCUGGGCAUUGCUCCGUUAUUACCCUAUCUCGGUGGCGAACCCACGGUCUUUGGCGUCUCCGGAUAUUCAGGGGCGGGCACAAAGCCGUCACCCAAGAACGAUGUCAAUAACCUCACAGACAACAUCGUCGCGUACAGUUUGACAGAUCACAUUCACGAACGUGAAAUUUCCACGCAACUGGGGACUUCCGUGGCAUUCAUCCCGCACGUCGCCGUAUGGUUCCAGGGUAUCCACCACACAAUCAACAUUCCCUUGAAGCAGGAGAUGAAGUCUCGCGACGUUCGGAAUAUAUACCAGGAUCGUUAUGCGGGAGAGAAGCUACUGAAGAUUAUUGGCGAAGCGCCUUCAGUAAAGAAUAUUGCGAAGAGACACGGCGUCGAGGUGGGCGGAUUUGCUGUGCACAGCAGCGGAAAGAGAGUGGUGGUUUGUGCGACCAUUGACAAUCUAUUGAAGGGCGCGGCAACACAAUGUCUUCAAAACAUGAACUUGGCGCUAGGUUAUGGAGAGUUCGAGGGCAUUCCGCUUGAUUGA